AUGGCACUCUUUAACCUACUUAAGGCUAUCAUUGGCUACUGCAGCUAUUUGCUGUUGCCACUGUCCGAAACACAGCAGGAUCUCCUGGAUGCUGAUCAGGGAAGCUUCUACAGAAAAGCCAUGCAGGAGAGCUACGGCACCAUCUUCAUGGCCUCUGGACUGUUUGCCUAUCUGGAACAAGGGCAGAGCACUUGGCCCCCAGAUUUCCAGAGCUUCCGCCGUGAUGCAGAUGAAGAUAUGAUUAAACAAUUGCCGGAACAAUUGCCAGAGGCAGCAACUUGGUGCAAUUCCUACCGGUGUCCUGCGAGCAUCCAUAGUUCAGAUCUAUCUGGUCCAGAUGAUGACCCGAUGAGUGAGGAAGAAGAUGAAAACGUGAAGAGGGAAGAAGGUCCCAGAGUCACAAAACCACUGGCAUCUCUCUUGGGGAAACCUAAUGCUGGUUCCAUGGGGGAAGAAACCCAGGAGAGUGGGAACAAUCACUUGCAGGGACAAACAGCCAGUAACAAUCCUGCCGACGAAAAAGAUGGAGGCCUUGUUGGUAACGAAAACAUCCAGCAAAGCACAGAUGCAGAAGGGAACCAGAACGUAUGCUUCAAGUGUGGGAAAAAAUAUGGCAGGAAGUCAACUCUCAAAAGACACCUAAAACUCCACAGCAGUACGAGACCCUAUAUAUGUCCCACCUGUGGCAAAGGUUUCACUGAGAAAUAUCAGCUCAUUGCCCACACACAAACACAUACGAAAAAGUGUCGUUUGAGAAGGGAACCCUACGAAUGCCCUGAGUGUGGAGAGGACUUCUUUACGAAAGCCUCUUUCAACGAGCAUCGGGCGAGCCACACCGAUGAGCCAACCUGUUCAUGCCCUGACUGUGGGAAAAGCUACGAGGCAGAGAGUCGCCUUGUUCGCCAUGUGGCGAAGGCCCACUCGGGUGCAACUCUCUUUGAAUGCCCCGGUUGCGGGAAAGGCUUUACGAAAGAGAAAGAUCUCGCUCUGCAUCGAGCGACGAUCCACACCGAAGGAAGCUGCUACCGGUGCCAUGACCAUGGGACAAGUGUCGUAGAGGAAUCUCCUCUAAUCAAACAGGGAGAGCUCCCCACAAUGGAGCGUCCUUGCGGAUGCUCAGAAUGCAAGGAAGGUUUGAGUGACGACAACGGUCAUUGGAGAACGCAUGAAAAGGGGAACCCUCAUAAAUACCUUCCCCGUGAAAUCCACUUUGGAAAGAGGCCGGCCCACCCCACAAACAGGGAAAGUGAUGCAGACGAAUAUAGCCACGAAUGCCCCGUGUGUGGGCGAUGUUUCAAGAAUGAGAGAUGCUUUGCUAAUCACUGGAGGGUGCAUGCGAGAGAGCAGCAGCGCGGACAGGCAGGUGCGUUCAGGGAAGAAACCCGACUCACUAGAAAUCAGAAAACCCAAGCGGAUUUUGAAUCCGAUGUGUGCUUUGACUGCGGAAAGCCCCUCUGCGCCGACUUGACGCUGCCUGUGCAGCCCAAAAUUGAAAUGGAAGUUAAUCUCUAUAAAUGCCCCGACUCUGGGGAAAUCUUCAGAGACAGCCGACGUUUUGCUAACCAUCAGAGAAGAGGACAUCGGGAAGACCUUGAGGCAAGAGCGCUGCCGGCUGACCAGCUGGAAACCCCCCGGAAGAAAGGAUCCUAUAGAUGCUCACGUUGCGAGAGAGUCUACACGACCCACUACAACCUCAGGAGACAUCAGAGAAUCCACCCAGAAUGCAGACCCGCCAAAUGUCCCAGUCGUGAGGAAGGUUUUUCCUGUGCAUGGUCCUUCCCAGACAAUCAGAAAGGCUGUGUCAAAGGAGAAAGUGGUCUGCACAAAUGCUCUUGCUGUGCGAAAGGGUUCGGCGCUAAAAGUGUCCUCCAUGGAUGCUUGCCACCCACUGUAAAAGCCAAGCCUUACAAAUGUCCCAUUUGUGGGAAAGCCUUUGCGUACAGAUACACUCUCGCUCAACAUCAGGAAACCCAUGAGGAUGAGCAACCCAGUCUGCAUAUUUGCUCGUUUUGCAGCCAAGCAUUCCGAACCUGGAGCUGCCUCAAUAGACAUCAUCAGCUGCACAUGGGGGAGAAGCGCUACCAAUGCGCCGUUUGCGGGAAAGCCUUCGCUUACAGAGACGCCCUCGCUCGCCAUCGGGAGAUACACACGCAAGGGCCGCUCCACAAGUGCACUUUCUGCCCGAAAACCUUCCCAACCAGUAAUUCUCUGAGUAGACACAGGCUCAUCCACUUGAAAACAAGGUCCUACCAGUGCUCUAUCUGCCAGAAAGCCUUCGGGACAAAAUAUUCCCUCCAUAGGCACCAGGACAUGCAUGAGAAGGAGAGCUCUGAGAGUGUGGGCGACGUUGCCUGGGGAAGCCACUUGGAGGAAAAUUCUGCCAAAGGGUCAGAAGAACAUAAGAACACAUUCAGAGAUGGCUCAGUGCUUCCCAAAUACCGAGCUAGACAUGCCAACGAAAGUGUCAACCCAGGGUGUGAAGAUUCAAUAAACUCUAAGCACCAGGAAGUCCACGUUGAAGGAAAUUCACCUGGGCCGAUGGGCAGCUCAGACCUUACUGGACAAGAAGAACCUGUUACUGGUGACCAAACCGUUUCCAGGGAUGGCUCCAUGCUUGAUCACAAUCCAACAAGCAAUACAGAAGGACAUUUCAGCCUGUGGACCAAUAAUUCGGCCUACUCUGGACUGAUUCAGGGAGCCCCUCUGGGAGAUAACCCUCCCGAGAGUUCUGGGAGUGUGAGGACAUCUGUGUACGGCUCAUUGCUGGCUGAAGAGCAGAGCAUCCACUUAGAGGAACACUCUGUUAAUGGGUUAGGUGGUCAGGAUCCCGGUGGGGUCAAGUCAACUCACUUGAGUCAGGAGGGAGUUGUCACGGGCAAAGAAGGACAUACAUGCCUUAAUUGCGGGAAAUCCUCCGGAGAGACAUAUUCCCUCACUAGACAUCAGGUAACCGACACCUCGGCGAGACCUUAUCAAUGUCGAACCUGUGAGGAGAGCUUCCAGGACCCCCAAAUGCUAGCAAAGCACCAGCUCACGCAUACAGAUUUCAAGCCUAAUCAGUGCCACGAAUGUGGGAAAUGCUUCAGAACAAGGUCCUGCAUAGAUAGGCAUCUGAAGACCCACAGAGAGAGGCCCUACUGCUGUGUUUAUUGUGGCAAGAGGGUCACAACAGGCCCAAAUCUUCGGUAUCACCUCAGGCUUCACACAGGAGAGAGGCCGUAUAAGUGUGCAGAGUGCGACAAAGAUUACCCGAACCCGUGGUCCCUUAAAAAGCAUUUGAAGACCCAUUUGAAAACGAGCUCCUCCUAGAGCUAGACCAGCUAGAUCAGGUUUCUCAACACAGGGUUGCCAUAUUUCCAAAAAAUA